GUACACAUGCUGUCCUCGUCUGAGUUUAAAAGAGAGCUCUAACGGCCUAGUUCGCACUCUGGUCAGAGGCGUGAUGGCACGAGCUGUGGUACAACUGGUCCUCUUUGGGCUGCUGUCAGCUUUGGUUACCACACUUGCAGACAAGGAUGACUGGGACAUCUACAGCUUUCACAUCAACUCAACAGUGAGCAGUCGUUAUGCAACCACUGUCAUCACAAGCCGUGUGGCCAAUCGAAUGGACGCGUCGAAGGAAGUAGAGUUUCAAGUCCGGAUUCCCAAGAAUGCCUUCAUCAGUAAAUUCAGAAUGUUUAUUGAUGGGCAGCCAUACGAUGGAGUUGUGAAAGCUAAGGAAGUGGCUAAGCAGCAGUACACUGAUGCUGUGUCCCGAGGUCAGAGUGCAGGGAUUGUCAGCUCUGUUGGAAGGACUCAUGAGGAAUUCAAGACUUCAGUGAAUGUAGCAGCUCACAAAAAAGUCACCUUUGAACUUACGUAUGAGGAACUACUGAAACGCAAGUUGGGCAAGUAUGAGCUGCAAAUCCACGCUCGACCCAUGCAGCCUGUAAAAGACUUCAAGGUGGAUGUGCACAUAAAUGAGGAUGCUGGGAUCAAUUUCUUGGAGGUGAAAGGAGGACUGAGCACCAAUGCCAUGGCUAAUGCCAUCACCAAAACACUUGCAGACAAACAGGCAUGGCUGUAUUUCUACCCAACAGAGGAUCAACAGAAAUCAUGUGACAGCUGUGGAGAGCAAGGUAUGAAUGGAGAUCUGGUCAUUUUUUAUGAUGUCAACAGGGAAGCCUCAUUUGGAGACAUCAAGAAAUCAUCGGGGUACUUUGUUCAUCACUUUGCUCCAUCUAAUCUUGCCCGGAUACCAAAAAAUGUGAUCUUUGUCAUUGAUCAAAGUGGCUCAAUGCACGGGAGGAAAAUACAACAGACCCGAAUUGCACUGAUUCAUAUCUUGAACGACCUGGCAGAAGAUGACUUCUUUGGUCUGAUCACUUUUGAUGACAGCAUUUUUCACUGGAAACGAGAACUUGUUCAGGCUAACAAACAAAAUGUGGCUAGUGCCAAAACUUUUGCACAGAACAUUCAAUCCAGAGGAGCCACUGACAUUAACCGAGCCGUUUUAGAAGGGACAUCUAUGCUGAACAGACAUCCCAGAGAAGGCUCAGCAUCUAUCCUCAUACUGCUCACAGAUGGAGACCCAACCUCAGGUGUGACAAAUCUGGAAGCAAUUCAGUCAAAUGUAAGAGAGGCCAUCAACGGUAAAUUCCCUCUCUACUGUCUCGGUUUCGGCUUUGAUGUCAACUUUGAGUUCCUUGAAAAGAUGUCACUGCAGAACAACGGUGUGGCACGGAGGAUUUAUGAAGACUCGGAUGCUGAUUUACAGCUGAAGGGUUUCUAUGAAGAGGUGGCCACUCCUUUGUUGACUGAUGUGACCAUGAUUUAUGAGGGUGGAGUUAAUCUGACCCAGACUAACUUCAGUCAGUAUUAUAAUGGCUCUGAGAUUGUUGUGGCGGGUCAAAUCACUGACAACAACAUUGAAACCUUCACUCCACAAGUCAUCGCCAUUUCAAGGAACACAAGGAUGAUGUUUACAGAGACAAAUCCUUCAGUGGAGUCGACUGGGACAGUGUCUGACAGUAACAUCCAGAGGGUCUGGGCCUACCUCACAGUCAAACAGCUUCUAGAGAAAGAACUGCGGCUCUCUGGUCCUGAGAGGGAGAACGCUAAGAAAGAGGCUUUGGAGCUGUCACUAAAGUACAGCUUUGUGACUCCACUGACAUCCAUGGUGGUCACCAAGCCUCCAGGGGAGAGUGCAGAUGUGCUUCAUAAGCCCAAGGAAGGUGAAACCACACAGGACACACACACCUACUCACAGUUUCCCAUGGGUUUGCCAUCAGGAGCAAGUGCCAUGUUAUUUGAAGAUGAUGGUCCAAUUACUAGAACUGUGGCUACAGCAGACUAUGACUAUGCUGAUUCAGCCUAUGAUACGUUUAUAAUUGCUGAGGCAGAUUUUGUGGACGGCUCUCUAAUACUACCAGUUACAGUGGCUCCUGUCACCCCCAAUCCAGGUCCUAGGCAACCUUUAAGACCUGCUCCAAAUCCAGUUGUUCAUGCCACCCAGUUUUUACGUAAAACUGAGAACCAGGCUCUCCCACUGUGUUAUAAUGUUGUUGGAAACAUCAAUCUUCAACUUCUUUACCAUCCUAACGGAGGGCUGUUAGUAAAUGGUGAGCUCGAUGCAUCACUGGGGGGAUUCAGAAGGAUUGCCAUCCACACAGCGACUGCAAAGUUUCAGCUUGAUGGCUUGAAAAUCCUUGUACAAGACCCACAGGGCACAGCUAUCCAUCUUCAGGAGAAUGAAGUCAUUACUCGUGAAAAUGUGACAGUGAUCAGACGGCCCAAAGAAAUAGAUUUUGUAAGCGGAGACACACGGAUCGUCCUCUUGAUUCAUGAGAAAAGUGGUCUUCGUUUCCUCUGGCCUGUUAUCAGACAACAGCCGACAGACGGAAACCUCACAGGGAUUUUAGCCCUUGGUCCAGCAGUUUAUGAGGUGAUACAGGAAAACUCUCCCUUUUCAAAUCUUAAAAUCCAAAACAUCGAGAUGCAGGCUGCCAGAUCCUCUGCUGCUGACUACAGUAUCCCCUCUGCUCCAAUGCUAGACUGCUGGCUUGUCAUCUCUGAGGUCGCCCUACAGCGGUCCAUGGACGGGUUCAUCGUUGCACAAAUUUAACUUGGAAAAGUGAUGAAUUCAUGAAAAGAUUGAUGUAAAAACAUGCUGGACAGUGACUCACCUUAGAACAAUCUUUUGAAACUUUCAGUAAUCAAACUUGUCCUAUAUCUUUGGUUGCCUUGUGAAAAAACUUGAGUGUUGUGUGUGAGGAUUUCUGGUGGGAUUUGUUCUACAGAUCAACAAGCAAACAGGAAGACAUAUUCAAGUGACACAUGAGUUUAUUCCAUCUUGAGUUUAUUAUAGAUCAAGUCGUCUCUCCAGCACAAGAACAACUGCCAGCUGCUACACAUGCCAAAAAACUCUUUGACAUUACUUUGUAGAAAUCUGUUUUCUCUUUUACUUUAAAGAAGGGUUUUUUUUUUGUAAAUUUUGUCCAAAAGCUACAUUAUGUUGACCAUGACUGAUUUAUUAAAGGG